AUGGUUUGCAACCUCAAUGAACACAUCAACAUUAGAGACCAGCUACCAAAAUAUCUCAAUGCACAAGUAAAGCUGCUCACAACACGGUGCAUCAUCAUAGAAACUGAAAAGAUAUCAAAAAAGACGCAAGGUGCAUUGACUAUAUUGAAGCAGUUUGGUAUUCACGAGUGUGGGCAUAAGGAGCCAGUUACCGGCUCACAUUGCAUAUUGUCCAUGAUUGGCAAGAAAAAUGACAAACAUUACAUUUUAGCUUCACAGGAUAGAGAGUUACAAGAAAAGCUACGCAAAAAAGCAGGUACACCCUUGCUCUAUCUCCACAAUAAAUCCCCCACAUUAGAGAAACCUUCGAAAGCCAGUUAUGAUAAAGCUGGCCAUACAUUGGAAACCGAUCCUCAUAUAUUUGUAACUGAGACUCAAAAUGUGGCACUCCAGCAGAUGAAAAAGGCUUUAGGGAUUGAAAUGAACACAGAUGAACCUAAAUUACCUGUUACAAGGAAGAAGCCUCAUAAUCCUAACCCACUUUCUUGUAAAAAGAAAAGAAAGAAAACAGUUACAGCUAUAGAUGGGAAGGGUGGUGUAAGUGAACACAAAGUUAGAAAAAGAAAGAAGAAAAAGUUACCUAAGCAUGUUAAAGAGCAAUUGACGGGUAAAUAAUAAAUUGAU